AAGAAGAAAAAGAGAAGGGGGGUGAUAACCAUAAACAAAAACAAAAACAAAACAAAGUCUUUCUUCUUCUUUCCCCUCCCUCCCUUUCUUGCUUUGUGUUGUUUGCAAACAAAAAGGCCCUUUCAAGAGCCUCUGGACGUGCUAUAUAUUUUCAUGUCAACUCAUAAGUUGAAAAAAUAAAAAGAAAAAAGAAAACUCAUCUUGUGUUUGUGUGUGUGAGUGAGAGAGAGUGAGAGAGAGAGGGAGAGAGAGAUGGCUUGGAGAUAUAAUGCUGGAUUGGUCCUCAUUGUCACUGUUAUCAUCACGUGGGUAUCCUCUGCUGAAGUCACUCAGGGUGUUUUCACAGAUUAUGAACAACCCUUUGCAGUGACAUAUCUUGGAACCUCACUACUCAUACUUUAUCUCCCAAUAUCAUUCAUAAAAGAUUGGUUAAUCAAAAUUCUCAAACGUUGGUCCAAUAAAAUCAAUACUACUGAUGCCGAAUUUCCCGGUAAGCCUCUUGAUGAACUUGAAGCUUCAGAAGACGGAAACAAGUUGAAGCAGACAUUAGAGAUAGAAAAUCAAGUGUCUAUAGCUAUAAAAGAGAUUGGCAGAGACAUUUAUUACUGUCAUGAGAUAAAGCCAUUAGUAGUGUUACAAUGCAAAGAAGAUGAGUUGGGAAUGAAGAAGAAAGAGGAGAGGGAAGUUACUGCUUGGGACAUUGCUGCUUUUGGGUUUUUCCUUGCUCCUAUCUGGUUUGUAUCAGAGUACUUAGCAAAUGCUGCCCUUGCGCGAACAAGCGUUGCAACGACAACAGUUUUGUUCUCGACAACAGGACUUUUCACUCUCUUCAUUGGUGCAUUCCUCGGACAAGACACUGUAAAUGUUGCAAAACUUGCUUCUGUUUUUGUCACCAUGGCCGGUGUUGCCAUGACAACUGUUGGGAAGACUUGGGCCUCCGAUGAGGCAGAAUCAAGCAAUAUUGUAAAUGAGAAGCACUUGAUUGAGGGUUAUCUUUUUGGUCUGCUCUCAGCUAUGACUGAUGGACUUUUCACUGUGUUGCUCAACAAGUUUGUUCAAGAAGAAGGUGAAAAGGUGGAUUUGCAAAAGAUUUUUGGGUAUAUUGGAUUGUUUACUCUUGUUGCUCUUUGGUGGCUAGUGUGGCCUCUAAAUGCAAUGGGUUUUGAACCAAAAUUCACAUUGCCUCAAUCCACUAAAAUAGCUCAAGUAGUCAUUGCCAACAGCUUUAUGGGCAAUGUUCUCUCUGACUAUUUCUGGGCAUUGGGUGUGAUUUGGACCACCCCAUUGGUGGCGGCAAUAGGCGAAUCGCUCAGCAUCCCGCUCGCCAUGGUGGCAGACAUAGCAAUCCAUCAUCAACACUACUCACUAAUCUAUAUUCUUGGCUCCGCUCAAGUAUUUCUCGGAUUCGUAAUUGCGAACCUUGCAGAUUGGUUCCCACCAAAGGGGGCAUCAUGGGUCUGGAAUUCAGUGUGGUAGAUUCCACAUUGCUCGGAUGGUUUUUUAUUUUUUUGAUACAUCAUAGGCUGUGUCAUCCUAGUGAGGUGCAAAGAUACUUCUUUUUUGAGGGGUUUUAUUUUUUUAAAUAGAUUCAUAUGAUCACAACUAAUGUACUAAUUACAAUGGCCUUCACAUUACAUAUCUGUUUUAUAUGUAAUCUAAUUUUUAGGAGGGGAUAUAUAUUUAUGUACUAAUAAACUUACAAUAACAAUUAAUGUCAGUUAUCAAUGUAA